AUGGCGUAUCUUCGCCGCAGCUUCACUAUAUUAAUCGAGACAUCAAAUUUCAGCACCAGCAACUCCAACCGUACCAAACUCACGAUGUCAGAAACACAAACAGUAUCAGUUAAAAAGCCAUUCGUUCCAAAGCAGAUGAUGGCCAAGACCGCAACUCUUUACAAGGAACUCACUAGCGAUUCCUAG